AAGUUUUAUGUAUUUAAAAAGUUGUAUUUAAAAAUACAUCAAACUGUCGUUAGGUUUUGGGGGAAGCCGGAACAGAUGAAAUGGCAUUUACAUUCAGUUCUCACCGGUUUUAGUUUACAUUUCUAUCCCAAAAGUGAACUUUAUUUCGAAGAACUCAAUUUGUUGCGAGGGGAAAAAAUGUUUUAAAGCACUUUGUUCAAAACGUAAAGUAUUGUCAAGAAGCCUACUUGUCAAUGCCGAAGUGAACAACAGUUGCUUGUAGUUUAAUCCCAAUUUGGAUGCAAACUUGUGACUCUUAAAGUGGCUCUUGGUCUCCCCCUGACAUGUUCAGACGUGUCCUGUUCCUGUAGUGUCUCUUUAAAAGGCGCAGCCGUGCACGAACAGGAUCCACCAGGGGGGCUGGACCUUGAUCGCCUCGCACGCUUGCUUACUGUCUGCGUAAUAUGCGUGUGUCGUAGAGAGCACAUCGAGAUACAGUACAGUAGGAAGCAGGAGCGAGGUGGCAGCAGGCAGUCUAAUAGGAGGAAAGAGAAGGCGAUGGCGUGUGUGCGACUUUUCGGGAUGUUUUAAAGUCUUGCACGCGAGACACUCGAGGCGUUUAAAAAGGACGAGCAGUUCGAAGCGCGCGCGACCCUGCAGUGGAAUAGCAACAAAGAACGAGAGCGCGCAUUGAUGGGACGCGACUUUGACAGCUCUCGGUGUCGUCGCUCCUAAAGUCGGAAAGUAAGAAGGACAUCAUGGCCGAGUCCGCGCUCCCCGACGCCGUGGCCAUCGACCCGGACUUCGAGCCCCAGCAGCGGCCGCGCUCCUGCACCUGGCCUCUGCCUCGGCCGGAUUCGAGCGCCGCCAAGCCGGACGGCCACGAUAUCAUCCCGGAGGAGGACGACGACGAGGAGGAGGGCGCGCACCACCAGCACGCGGCCAUCGUCGGUAGUGGCUCAGGUGCGGUGACGGACGACCAGAGCAGCGGCAGCCCGCUGGCCGACGGCGCGCUCUCCUCGCCCGGCCAGGAGAGCGGCGGCUCCCCGCUCUCGGCGCACUCGCCGCCCGCCGCCUCCGGAGCGCUCACCCCGGGAGGCCUGGCCGCGCAGCAGACUCCCAGGAAGGCUUCGUCUCGCCGCAACGCCUGGGGGAACCUCUCGUACGCCGACCUCAUCACCAAAGCCAUCGAGAGCGCGCCGGACAAGAGGCUGACGCUGUCCCAGAUCUACGACUGGAUGGUCAGAUCCAUCCCCUACUUUAAGGACAAAGGAGACAGCAACAGCUCGGCUGGAUGGAAGAACUCCAUCCGGCACAACCUUUCACUGCACAGCCGUUUCAUCCGUGUCCAGAACGAAGGCACGGGCAAGAGUUCCUGGUGGAUGAUCAAUCCCGACGGAGGAAAGGGCGGAAAAGCUCCUCGCCGCCGCGCCGUCUCUAUGGACAACAGCAACAAGUACACCAAGUCCGCCCGCGGCCGCGCUGCCAAGAAAAAGGCCGCUCUGCAAGCUGCGGCGGCUGCAGCUGGCGACGGCAACAGCGAGAGCCCCUCGGGACUGUCCAAGUGGCCGGGGAGCCCGACGUCACGCAGCAGCGAGGAGCUGGACGCCUGGACGGACUUCCGCUCUCGCACCAAUUCCAACGCCAGCACACUGAGCGGCCGUCUUUCGCCCAUCCUGGCCAACCCGGAGUUGGACGAGGUCCCCGAUGACGAGCCCCCCCUGUCACCGAUGCUCUACUCCAGUCCCGGCAGAGCUUUGUCUCCGGGCAACGUGGCCAACGGUAAGCCCGCGCCGGCCGAGCUGCCCCGUCUGGCUGACCUGGCCGGUACAAUGAACCUGAACGAUGGACUCACAGACGAGCUAAUGGACGACCUGGAUAACAUCAACCUGGUGCCAACCGCUUCAGGACAAGUCCCUUCAAACGGGACCUCAGGGUUUGCUUUUGUCCCCAAAUCCAAUGGGCUGGGUUCAUCUUCCCCCAGUGCCUCACCCUCAUCCAACUCUUCUUCCAACGGUGGAGGAAACUACAGCAACUCCAUCUUUGGCUCACACACACCAGGCUCCUCCCUGCGUCCGUCCCCCAUGCAGACCAUCCAGGAAAACAAGCAGACGUCCUUCUCCAGCAUCAGCACUUCGCGCUUCGGUAGCGUGACGCUUCAGGACCUGCUCAACUCCGACAGGCACAAUGACGUCAUGAUGACCCAGUCAGACCCGCUCAUGUCGCAAGCCAGCGCCGCCGCCAUCGUGUCCCAGAACUCCCGCCGCGGCCUCAUGGUCCGCAACGAUCCCAUCAUGACAUUCGGAACCGGCGGAGGAGUUCAGGGCAGUCAGGGGGAGAUGCUCCAAAGCAACAACCACAAUCUGAGCUCGGUGAAGUCCGUCACCAGAGGCCUGAAUUUAGCUAACGAAGUGAAUGCUCUCACUAAUGCCAAACAGCAGCUCCUGCUUUCACCCUUGGGAGGAAACGGGUCCACCUCCAUGCAGAUAGACACCUCCAUCUUCCUGAACGGGGCGGUGAGCAGCAGUGGGGGCGUCUGCCAGGAUCGCUUCCCCACAGAUCUGGACCUGGACAUGUUUAACGGCAGCCUGGAGUGCGACAUGGACUCGAUCAUCAGGAAUGAGCUGAUGGACGCCGAUGGCCUGGACUUUAACUUUGACUCUCUGGUCAACAUGAACGGAGUCACCAACUUUGCAAGCGCCAAGCAGGCUUCUCAGAGCUGGGUACCCGGUUGAAGAGGAUGCAUAAGGUCUGAACUGCGUAUCGCAAGAGCAAAUCCGACACACGCCCCUUUUUUGCCAAAAUCAGCCAUCAGCACAACAUUGAAUACCAACCUUGUGUUUACAUGACGAACACCUGUCUCUGGGAAAAGAUCCGCAGGACUUUUAAGCGAUCCAACACCCUGGAAAGAGCCUCCUGUGAAACAAUAACAUCAUCAAGAAAAAAAAUGUCAAAACAAACUCUUGAAUUAUGCAAGUUUCCUAGUGUGUAAGGCUCUCAAAGAGACACUGCUCAUCAGGUGGGACUACAAAGACGAAUAACAAAUGGGUGCACGAUGUUCUUGAUCAAUGUUCAAACAAAAAGAAACGGCCGUGGAGAAGCUGUGUAAAUCUGAUCCAGUGUAUGUUUUUCCCUGGGGAUGUUGUAUUUACCUCUACUCUCCUGUGAUUUUUUUUUUUUUUUUUUUUUUUUUCGUGUUCAGUGUUUGUUAUUCGGAAUUUCAGUUACGUGACAAUGCUUCUACGUCGACUAGCGUUGAAACAGAGCGCCUCGUGUGUGCACUUCACAACUCACACCACGCACUUCCUACAAAUGGCUUGAACGGAAAAGUUUUGAUGACUACAUAUUGAACCUUUUACCUUUUUUUGUUUUUAAAGCAGAGACAACAACAAAAACACGUAUAGGAGGAAAAUCUCACUUGUGGGUAUUUGUACAGUUUGAGAAGGCCUUUAAAUUUGUUUAUCACAGCAUAUAAUGUAGCGAGAGAGAAAAAAUGAAUACCUGUGUUCUAGCGAUGUGAACAUUUCCACAGCAUUACAGGUGCUAUGUAAAACAGUGUUGAAUCUUGUCCUCGGAGCACCUCGUGCAUUUUAUUUAGUUUAGUUCUGAAUUGUGUGCAGUUUAGACCCUCGACUUGCAAAAACGCCUAUAGAGCUGCGGCCACACGCGGCAGGGAGAGGCUGAGCCCCCGUGCAUGAUGGGAGGUGAGUUGAGGGGUGGUGCUUAUUCCUCCAGCAGCCAUUUCUGUCCUCCAGUAAAACAAUAAGCUGUCUCUUCUGUAUGUUGCCAAAUUACUUGAAUCAAGCAGUAGGAUAUGCUGGCAGCCAAAAUCACAGCACUCAUAUGCACAUGUUUAAACACACACAUAGUUAGAUUAAAGACAAAUGAAAGGGAUGCGUGCGGCGCUCUCAUCAUCAAAUUGUGGAGAUUUUUUGAAUGCAUAAUAUAUAUAGAAACACUCAGGGGGAGGGAAGGAGCUAAGGUUGGGAGGGCGUAUUCUAAAGGUGUUUUCAUUCAAAUAAACAUUUCCAUAAUUAAAUGGAACAGUGAUGCUUUGUGAACUUGUAACCUGUGAACUUUUUGGGCCGUCGACAGAGGAGAGGAGGAAGGACAGAUAAGGUCAGGAUAAGGUCAGGAUUCAACUACUAGUGGAAGUCCUCCGUUUGGAUUUGACUUUUGGUUUUGGAUGUUGGCCACAAUGAAAUGGAAUAGGAAUAAUGACGCUACGACGAUUAAAGUCAGAAUUUAAAAAGUGGUAAUUUUCAGGAAUAGUAUUAAUAAUAAGAGCUAAAGGUAUACUUGUGUUAAGAUGGGUUUAUUGUAAUUGCACAAACCUUCGUAUUGUUCCUGAGAACCAUGUUAAUGUUUGCAUGAGAAUUUUAAGAUUCACUCAUCAAAAAUUGGAACUUUUUAUCUCAUACUAUUAUUACUUUUUUCCUAAGGAAAAUUCCUCUUGAGAAAAUACUUUUCCCUUUUAUUUAAAGUAGAAUAGUUUUCAAUACAUUAUUCCUCCUAAAGUUGUCUCUUAACUCACAAGAAGACUUUUUUUCUCGUAAAAUCAGGCCUUUUAUUCUCAUAUAAUGAAUCUUCUCAUAAGAUUGACUUUUUCUUGAGAAAAUAGGACAUUAUUCUCAAAACAGGCCAGCUUUCUCAAACAGCACAUUUUUCUUGAAGAUUACAUUUUUUUCAUCAUAAGAUUGACUUUUUCCUCACAAAAGUUAUAUUUUAUUCAUGAGAAAAUACAAAAAAAUUAAUAAUGAGAUUACAACUUUUAUAUUAUUUCACCAAGAAAGUACAAUUUUAUUCUUGAGAAAACUUUUUUCUGAUAAUAUCAUGGUGACUUUUGUCUAAAAUCAGACUUUUUCUCAAGAUAAUCUGACUUUAUUAUUGUAAGAUUUUCAGCGUGGCCCUAAGACACCUAAUUCAUAUUGUCCAUUUAUUUGCCAAUGAAUUUUAUCUCCUUUUUUUUUUUUUUUUUUUUUUUGGGGGGGGAGGGGGCACGUGCACACAUUGACGUCCGGUGCUCCUGCACGCUACUCCCCACGUCCGCAUGUUUCUUUGUGUCACCCGCCGCCCUUCUCCACUGUACACAUUUGAUGUAUUUAUGCAUUAUGACCUUUGUGUGUUUGUGCGUGUGUGUGUGUGUGUGUGUGAAAUGCAUUUACCCGCCAUACAUCCUCGUCGUGUAUUCCCUCGUAGUACUUGACCCUUGUUACCUCGCCAAGGUAGAGUUGAAGAAACGUUCUGACGUGCCAGGUAGAAGGGAACACUGUUGCCAGCAAACGUAUCCUUGAAGCAGAUUGUGUAACCAUUGUUGUAGCAUCUGGAGGCCCUGGUCUGGGGGUGGGGGCGAAAUGAAGGCUUUGACCCCGCUGUGUAUAAUAGUGUACAGAUGUGUAUAUAUACAUUUAUAUAUAAAAAUAUAUAUCACCAAGGCAGAGGACUGUCAGUUCGCAGUUUUUAAGGAUUAAGUGCACAAGCAAGCUGUAACCACUCAACACAUUGCAAUGGUGCCGUCCCUUGACAGCAAUUGUAAUACAAAGAGGACACCCAUUAGUGCUCAGACAACAGUGUUUAUACUUGCUAAAUCAGCAGCACUUGAACCAUCCUCUGACUUUACUGCGUUAUGAUUAUUGUGUAAUGUAAGACAAACCCUCCUUCUCAUCUGUGUUAAGUGUCGUUUUUUAAAAAAUGAAAAAAACAAAUUAAACUGCUAAGCAUUUGAAUUUUUAUACACUGACUUUACAAAGUGUAACAAACACAUUUGUUCGGGGUGCCGGGCGUUGACGUUUUGUUGGCUUGGUUCAUACUCCUUCCACAAACAACUGCAGUGCACAUUUAAAGGAUUAAAAAAAAAAAAAAACAAGACAAAACCACUACAAAUCGUAAUCACCUCAUUUGUAUUUUUGUAAAAAGGCUCCCCUCCGUACGCCCUCUGUCCUUUCAACUUUGUCCCAUAUUAUUAAUCUUCUCGACAUUGAUGUUAGUUGGUAUUCUUCCUGUGUUCUCAUUUUUUCUGGAACUGUAAUCUAGUUUGUAUGAGAAAUGGUGCACAUGUAAAUAAAGCUUGGUGAUGCUCCA